UACAAGAUAAAAUGGAUUAAAAAAGUGCAUUAAAUGGUGUGUAAAAAUGAAAGUGGACAAAUAUAGUGGGACGGAUGGAGUACAUUGAUUCCAUAUAAACAUUUGCUUAAUGAGUACAAUGUCAUGCCCUAAGCUCAGAUAAGGAAAAAAAGGAGCUUGAUUGCACAGAGAUGGGUGCCGAGAAGAAGAAACACAGAAGAAGCUCCGAUCCUUCUUCUCCAGCAGAAGAUGAAGUGAAAAAGAAACGCCGUAGAAGAGAGGAAGACGGAGAAGAUGGAUCCAGAAAGAAGAAAUCUAAUAAAUCUUCCAAACGCCAUUCCGAGAAGUCAGGAGAGGGGCAUAAAAGUAAAAGCCAUAAGCAUAAAGAUUCCAAGAAGAUAAAGUUUGAAGAACUGUCAAAGGAUGACUAUUUCUCAAAGAACAACGAAUUUGCGAGCUGGCUGAAGGAAAAGAAAAAUAUGUUUUUCUCGGAUCUAUCAUCCGAGGUUGCUCAUGGCUUGUUCUCAGACUUUGUCAAGGCAUGGAACAAGGGAAAGCUAGCUAGUGAAUACUACGAGGGCAUAUCAACCGUGCCAAGAUCAUCUCAUAACUGGAACAUCAAGGCCUAAGCCAAAUCGGCAACUCCUUGAGGUGGUGCCGAAUUCCAACUAUUGGCUUCCACCACUUGUAAAUGCUGCUGAAUGAGAACUACCAUGACUUUUUAUGCAGCAGUGUAGCUGGAAUAGGGCUUUUGUAAAACUGAGUCUAACUGACUACUGGAUAAUUUGAGUUUUACUACGUACUUGUUUAUUAUCGAGUUGUGCUAGGGGGCUUUUCCCUUUAUCCAGACUCUAGUGUCCUGCCUCCAUAAUUUGAGUCUUCUUUUGCCAGGAAUUUGUGUGAAAAGAGUUUUCUUAGGGUGAGGGAAAAUGAUUUG